AUGUUAGUCUGCAUCAGGCUUGUAUUAUUCGAAAGCACUCUAUUGUUACUAUUUAUCUUUCUACGACUGACCAUUUCUGAUCGAUGUUACAACAGCACGAAAAUCAGCUUCGAUCAAAAUUUUAGAGCUUCUGAUUCCUUGUAUAGCAUUAUGGAUACUUCACAGAAAUGUGUGGAAAACUAUGAAGAAACUUCACCGUUUGACGCCGACCAUGAUUAUCCUCCUUGUCCUACUGGUUUAGUUUCAGUUAGCGUUACUCCAGUUGCUCGAAUUGAUAACAACAAUGUGUUGCCCCACAUAGAAUUAAAUAUUUCUACCGUAAUAUACGAUCAUGUUGAAUCUGUCACUAUACGUCUACAAUGUCUGCAUGCUCCCGAUGCCGAAGAUAUUUACUGUCAUGAUUCCACCCGAAUGUUACGUGAAGGAAAAUGGUUGUGGCCGUGCAGAGCUAUUGUCUUUCACGAGAAAGAGGCUGUUUCGAUUCCUUUUGCAUUCGGAUAUUCAUGCUUCCGGAUGUUUGGCCUUUCACAGUACAUUGUCAACGUUACCAUUUUUCCUCAGCAGUGCAGAUCGAGUCUGCUGGUCACUUCGCCAACAGAUUCUCAGUUGUCUCCGGAAAUAGCUGCAUAUUACUCAAAUAAGAAUAGUUCCAGUCCAGUCUGGUCACCUCUAUUGAUUGUUGAUUUUGGUGAUGAGGAUGGGCUCUGGUUGCGUGUCGAAGGACCUUCAUCAGUGCAUGCUAGAACCAUUACUGUAUCGAUCUUCGAGCGUCGUCAGGAUGGUGUUCUUCAUCUGGUUCAAUCUGCUGACGUUGAUUACCCAUCUACGGGAUUUAAGUGGCGGAAUGUGGCAAAGGGAGAGUACGUCGUCUAUGCACACAUUCCUCGACAUGAUUGUCUGCUGAUUUGUGAUGAUAUUCCAUCCCGAUCUGUUCCGUGCCAUUUAUGUGCGCACACUGCUAUCAAUUUCACACUUCUUGCUGAUCGAGCGAGUUUGUCAUGGAAAGGAUUGCGUCAGAUGCGUGACUCGAGUCCUUCAAUCAUAUAUGCUCUGGCUUGUAAGUUCCUUCGUUUUCAAGCCUUCAGAUAUUUAUUGUUAUGGUGCAGGCGUGAAGAAAUUAGCAGUCUUGGAGCAAAUAAUUUAGUUAUCCGUCCAUAUCGUUGGCUUCUUGAUUCGAUUUGUCGAGCAUCUCACGUGUUAAUAGUUGUAUCACCGUGCACUCAGUUAGUGCUGGAUGGCCAAAAUCUGCGACAGCGACGCCCUUUUCCAGAUCUCUUCGUUCCUGCAAUAAACAUGAUUAUGAGGGAGUGCACUGGAACUGCUGCGCUCAAUAAAUAUAUCAUUUGUCGCCUUCCUUAUUCCCCAGCAUCUCCUAGCCAGUUAACGAUGCUAGGACUUCCUGAAGUAGAAAUUCCUUCAGAUUUUUCUCGGUUAACUGCACUUAUUCAUUCAAUUGAUGGUGUAUAUGACCAUCGAAUUCCACCUGACUGCAGCACCUUAGAUAAUUUCAGUCGUGCUGUUGAAGCUAUGAUAGCACUGAAGCACAGGGAUCCGAACUGGAUAGCACAGAGGCUGUGUGCUGAGGAUUCUAAUGUCGAGAGCAACGCUGAUCUAGCGGAGAUUCCUAAAGGAGAAGUCGUUAGGCUGAAAACUGACGACGAAAGGGAGAAAGCAGCAGAAAUGUUUGGUCUAUUGCCGCCGGAAGAAAAUGAGAUGGUUGGAUUUUCUGCAGAUUUUUUUUCCUACUUAUGGAGAAUGGUUCUGUGUUCUCUACAGCACAUUGUUUUCUGA